AUGGAGAAGCAAGCUGAUCUUUCCGAGCCGAAUAAGGUAAUGAGCGAUAUAGCUCUGGGGGUCAAGAGAAACGACAAGACAAUUGGCGACCGGUAUGAAGCAUUCUCAGCGGGUGAAGAGAAGCGUGAGAUGUCUUCUACCAUCGAUUGUUUGUCUCUGAGUAUGGCCGUCGUGGCUGGCAGUGUUAGGUUCCAGUCAGACUUGAGUGGUCCUGAUGCGUUCGCAAUGCCUUCAGGAGGUCGACGUUGCACUGCUUCAACGGUGUCACUUGACACUAUCCUUUUCGUGGCAAUGAGCGCGGAAGAACCUUUUGAUAUGGAAUGGAGCCUGGGUUGGGGCAGUCUCUGGCUCUCAGAGGAAGGCAGUCCAACGUGUAAAGUCAACGCCGGAAGAGAAAACGAGGUUCUUAUCACCAACUUACCCAGGUACAUGCUCCGGAAAACUUGUGACCAUCCUAUCGUGGCACGACUGGUGGAAAUAAUGUCUUGA